UGUAGCCUUAACUUAAGAGAGCAGGAGAGCGUUUUAAGAAUGGGAAGAGCAUUCCCCUUUAAACAAGGUGGGCUGAGCUUAUUUGCAGUUCUCGCUCCUAUGGCAACCCAAUAGAUCAGCAUCAUGAAUAUUCACAAUUCGCCAAAACGCACCAUGACAAUGGAUCAGUGAUGUCAGCGGUCCUUGAAAUGCUCUACUGUAUUUUUGCAUGAUUGUGUCGCCUUGUUUGAUGGCAGCUUGCAAGAUAUGUGGUGAAAAGAGCAUCCUUCGUCGUGCAUGACCUUUCCCUCGUCUCCAUAUCACCGUCCGUCGGCACGUCCCUCACAUGUCACGCUAAGGUGACUUUCAAGCAGUUUUUUCCACUUUUGCGCACAAUGUCGGAACGGCACAAAUGUGCACAUUCGGGACGCAGUGGCCAAGCGGACCGCCCCGGCUGUGCGUGAGGACAUAUGCAAACUGUCAGGUAGUCUAAUUAUGAGAAAUAGUAUCUUGCAUCUGUUUCAGUAGAGCCACGGCGGUCCAUGUCAUGUGUAGCAAGGUAGCAGGCUUUCAGGGAUUCAGAUUAGCUCCAGACUGAUCGCGCUCACAAACAGAUAGGGAGCGCGGGGCUGGUGGGCAAUAAUCGUUGUACAGCCUAACAACCUGGAUUCAUUUAAUUUUCUCCACUAAGUCUCAAUGUCAUAAUGGACAGGCUGCACUCCUCCAUGCGUAAAAGACUUUACAGUUUGCCACAGCACAUUGGACAGAAAGCAUCUAUAAUGGGCGAAGGAGAAGACGCAGACAAGGACACCCGGAGGAAGAGUCUUCGGAUGAAGCCUCUACCGUCACCGUCGCCGACCUCUGGGGGAAGCUGCAAAGGCAUCGGGGAGACCAAAAAUGGGGAGUCUGUGAUAAUGGAGACGGACAUGGGGAGACAGACGAAGACCAGCUCAAAUGGAGAUUGCCGGAGGUUUCGGGGCAGCCUCUCGUCCAUCACAAGUCGCCAUGUGCACGACUCUGACUCGGCGGAGGAGAGGCGCCUCAUCACCGAGGGGGAUGUCACUCCGAGCGAGGAGAGCCCCCCCGGAGCCAUCGGUGACGGGCCGCCGGACCAAGGCGCGCAGGGAGCCAGCGGUGGCGGUGGUACCCAAAAAGAUUCCCCAGACCAGCAGCCAGGGUUUAUAAAGUUGGAUGGCAUUGAUCAAAUUCUGCCGGAAGACGAGAGAUUAUAUCAAGCUGGGUUCAUACACAGACAGUUUGGAGCAAUGCUUCAACCAGGGGUCAACAAGUUCUCCCUGAGGAUGUUUGGAAGUGAAAAGGCAGUUGAACGGGAACAAGAGCGGGUUAAAUCCGCCGGAUUUUGGAUAAUUCACCCGUACAGUGAUUUCAGGUUUUACUGGGACUUGACCAUGCUGCUGCUGAUGGUUGGCAACCUCAUCAUCAUACCCGUGGGCAUCACAUUCUUCAAGGACGAGCACACGCCCCCCUGGAUCGUGUUCAACGUUGUCUCCGACACUUUUUUCCUCAUGGACCUGGUCCUUAACUUCAGGACGGGUAUCGUCAAGGAGGAUAACACAGAGAUCAUCCUGGAUCCGCAACAGAUCAAGAUCAAGUACUUGCGGAGUUGGUUUGUGGUGGACUUCAUCUCCUCCAUCCCUGUGGACUACAUCUUCCUGAUCGUGGAGACGCGCAUCGACUCAGAUUUCUACAAGACGGCGCGCGCCCUGCGGAUUGUCCGCUUCACAAAGAUCCUCAGCUUGCUGCGACUUCUGCGCCUCUCUAGACUCAUUCGCUACAUCCACCAAUGGGAAGAGAUCUUCCACAUGACCUAUGACCUAGCCAGCGCCAUGGUGAGGAUAGUCAACCUGAUCGGCAUGAUGCUGCUGCUGUGUCACUGGGAUGGCUGCCUGCAGUUCCUGGUGCCCAUGCUGCAGGACUUCCCCGCUGACUGCUGGGUAUCCAAAAAUAAGAUGGUGAAUGACACAUGGGGACAGCAGUACUCCUACGCACUUUUCAAAGCUAUGAGCCACAUGCUGUGUAUUGGGUAUGGCAUGUACCCCCCGGUGGGCAUGACAGACGUGUGGCUGACCAUCCUCAGCAUGAUUGUGGGCGCUACCUGCUACGCCAUGUUUGUGGGCCACGCCACCGCGCUAAUCCAAUCCCUUGACUCAUCUCGACGGCAGUACCAGGAGAAGUACAAACAGGUGGAGCAGUACAUGUCCUUCCACAAGCUGCCAGCAGAUAUGAGGCAGAGAAUCCACGACUACUACGAGCACCGAUUCCAGGGCAAGAUGUUCGAUGAGGAGAGCAUCCUGGGAGAGCUGAACGAGCCGCUCCGAGAGGAAAUCGUCAACUUUAACUGUCGAAAGCUGGUGGCGUCCAUGCCUCUGUUUGCCAACGCGGACCCCAACUUUGUCACCUCCAUGCUCACCAAGCUGAAGUUUGAGGUGUUCCAGCCUGGGGAUUAUAUCAUCAGGGAGGGUACCAUCGGCCAAAAAAUGUACUUCAUACAGCACGGGGUUGUCAGCGUACUAACCAAAGGCAAUAAAGAGACCAAGCUGUCAGAUGGCUCGUACUUUGGAGAGAUUUGUUUGCUGACACGAGGCAGAAGGACAGCCAGUGUCCGGGCAGACACGUACUGUCGCCUGUACUCACUGUCUGUGGACAACUUCAAUGAGGUGCUGGAGGAGUAUCCUAUGAUGAGAAGGGCCUUUGAGACUGUUGCCGUGGACCGGCUGGACCGUAUUGGCAAGAAAAACUCCAUCCUGCAGCACAAGGUACAACACGACCUCAGCUCUGGUGAACUCAACUACCAGGAGAAUGAGAUCAUCCAGCAGAUUGUGCAGCAUGACAGGGACAUGGCCCACUGUGCCCACCUCUUGCAGAACGCCCCACUCCAGACUCCUCCUUCACCUACCCCUGUCAUCUGGGCCCCACUCAUCCAGGCCCCUCUACAGGCAGCAGCCACCACCACCUCAGUAGCCAUUGCUCUGACACACCAUCCACACCUUCCACAAACUCUUUUCAGGCCUCCAGUUUCUGUUCUGGGGUCUCUAAAGGACCCUCCCAGCCGGCUUAAGAAGUUCCACACAAUUGUUCCUCCAUCCACAGCACCUGGCUCUGCUGGGGACUCUCCCUCUAGCACACCCUCUAAACUGCACACUGGCGUUGACAUGCCAUUGCUGGCCUCUUUUCGGGCCCUGCACAUGACGUCAGGUACAGGGGCAACUGGGUCUAGCCAACAGGCCUCAGGUAGCAGAGGCCAGCGUGGACCUAGUGGGGCUGGCUCUGGGUCGAGCGGAGGAGGGGCCUCUGCCUUUCCCUUCGGACCAUACUCUUCCUCUGGUUCACCCUCAUCUAGUACGGCCCAGCUACACCCACAGCCACAGCAUCAACAGCCAUUUCGCUCCAGCACCCCACCUCCCUCAAACCUCUUCCACCAAGGAUCUACAGGUGGAAGCACAGGGUCAGGAAUAAGUGGAGGGGCAGUUGGAGCAUGUGGUGGUGCUACAGGGUGGUCUUCAGCUGGAGCGGUCGGAGGGUCUUUGGAAGGAGCUACAGGAGGAGACACUGCUUGGGCUGGAGAGGACUUUACAACUGGAACGACAGGGCCACUGCCUGGGGGGCAUUUUGGGUUGGGAGGAGCUACUGGUGGAUCAGUAGUAGAGAGCUCAGUAGAAUCAAUGGGAGGGAUAUCUGAAGGAUCAGUCGUUACUGCUUGUAGCACGUUAGCAGGUGGGGCAUCAGGUGGAGCUACAGGGGGCAUUACCUGCGGGUCAAUAGGAGAUGCAGCCAGGAGAUCAAUGGGAGGGACUUCUAUAGGAUCAAUGGGAAGAGUCUCUGGGGGAUCAGUGGGUGGGGCUUCUGGAGAAUCGCUGGUAGUAACGACUACUGGAGGAUCGUUAUGGAGGGCUUCAGGUGGAUCAAUGGGAGUGGUUACCAGGGGGUUGACAGUAGGGGCCUCUGGGGGACCACUUGGAGGGGUUUCUGGUGAUUCUUUGAUAGGGAAUCCUGGAUUGUUGGGAAGGGUUUCUGGUGGAGCCACAACUAGCCAUAUAGGAGGAGGUUUGAGUGGGCCAGGGGGAGGGGUGAUUGGAGGACAUAUUGGCAGAGCAUCAGGAGGGGCAGUUGGGAGCCAUUUAGGAGGGUCUACAGCUUGUCCUGAAGAAGGAUCUUCUGCUGGAAUUACAGCUGGACUUCUUAGUUCCUCCCGUUGUCAGAGUCCUAUAUCUACCGGCUCAUCCAGCCCUAUGCCUGGUCAGUUUCUGCAUAGCCAGCCACCUCCCAAGCCUCCUCAGGUGGCUCCUUUGCAGCAGUUUGCCGGGGGAGGCAGGACUACUAGUGGCUUAAACCUCUUCCAUUCCCCUCCACAUGGCUCCCCAUCCUCUAGCAGAGGACAGCACAGCCAGCAGCCUGCUGAGGGCUCCCCAUCUUCCCUCAGCCAUUUUAGCCUAGCAGGCCUCCAGUCUAGCUUACUGCCUCACCAGAUGUCCCUGGAGAGAUCUGCCCUGGCCUCCCUGGCCCAGUACGGUUCAGCAAACGCCUCCCCCUGCCUUACCCCGGUGGCUCCCAGCCCUACUGUUCAAAGCCCAGUGGCAGGCAGGACUUUCCUCUACAGCGACCCAUCGAGUGCCACAGGAUCCCACAGUUCUCUGCUCAUGCCUCAGUCUUCUCUCCCUUCACAGCCUCACAGCCAGCCACACACAACAGGAAGAGAUUCUCCGCUGGGCCGCUUUUCUGAGGACCUAAAGCUUUUAUCCAGCUCCCACUCAUCUCUGCCCCAGGAGGUGGCCCAGGCCUUAGGCCACCAUACUGCUCGCUCCUCUGUGGAAACAGGAUAUUACCCCUCACCCUUUUCCUCACCCACUCUUGCCCCCAAAGCCUGUAGCUCAGUGCCAGGGCGAAUGACUCCUCCAAUUCACAUAUCUCCGGGGCACCCUCACCAGACUCAGUCCCCUGUAGCCGCCCCGGCCUUGCCUCUAAGGAGGGCCUCUGCUGCCUACUCAUCAGAUCUAGAACCUCAAACUGUCCGCUCUAAACUCCCUUCCAAUUUGUGAGGAUUGAUCACACCCUCCUGUGCUCCUCCAAACUGAAACACACUCAAACUAUCUCCGUGUGUGGCAUUCUUUUCUUUUGAUCCUCAGCCUUCACUGUGUUCAACCUCUCAUUUUACCAAGAUCUUAAACAUUACUGUGAUUUAAAAGACACUUUACCGAGUAACUCAGAGCUCUAGAAUACUCUAUAUUUGUUUUAUGCUUUUUCCUCUUUUUUAUCCAUACAUACUGUAUAUAGAUAGAGAUAUAUUUAAAUGAUAAGUUAAUCAAGGGAAUAGGAGGGUGUGAAAAAAGAUUUUCAUUUAAAGGACAAUGGUUUUCUUUAUUUCUAUAACUAUGCUAAAUUCAUCUGGUGAUGUUUGGGGAGACAAUUCAUUGGACUACAAAAUAAUACUCUUUUUCUGCAGGAACCUAUGCACUAAUACCUGCAUGUAUAAAUGCUUUUUGUGUGUUAAAAAAAUUAUCUACAUUUUUAGCUAAAACAACAUGCUUCGAGACAGACUGACCCUUGUACCAUUUCAUACAGGAUCACAUAUUGUUGAUCCCUAAAUGUAUCUAUUAGAUUGUACUUAUUUAUCCUCUGUAUAAACUUUUCAAAAUCUAAUGAGAAAUAGAAAAGAGAUUUUAGGAAACCAAAAAAAACUUUUCCUGUAUGGUAAUGAUUCACCUCCUCUUGACCCGUCAAUCCUUAUUUUAUACCAUUUUAUCGUAAUAAUACUGUUUUUUGAAGCAGGGGAGAGGGCUUCAGCGAGCUACCCUCCCUCUCAGUAUCGAGACAUAACAGUAUGUAAGCGACUGGCUUUCUGCAGGUCCUUAACCAUGUCCUAACAAGCUCACUUUGUCUUCCAAGCUCAUGCCGCUAAUGUGUGUAGAAAGCAUGUGUUGUUUUUCUUCCUGACUGUGUGCAACUGUUAAUGCGUGAGUGUUUGUGAGAAUAAGUGUUUGAUUCAGUGGAACAGUCGGAUGCAAGGAAAUACUUUUCCCUGGACUGAUCAAACGGAUGUUUGCCUUUUUCACACAAAAACUAGGACUUCCAUUAACCACAGCUUGUGUGUUGCAUUGUGUAGAACUCAAAACCUUUCAGAAAUAGUCAAAUAUAAAAUAGCCCCAAAACUAGACUUUGGGUUAUUGAGCAAAUGCAGUACAUACAGUACACAAGCUGAAAUAUCCCAAAAGUGCUGGAAAGGGAAAUAUGCCACUUGAUAUUUGAUUUGUGCAUUACUUCUUCUACUGUAGCUGCUAUGUGAUCAGCAUAGACAUGUUUCCUCAUUGAAGGCCAGUGCUGAGUUUGAGAUGUUGAAUGUAUGUAGAUUUUGUGUUGCUAAAAGUAAGUACUGUAGCUAUGGUGGAUGCACUGAAGGCAUGGUGCCCCCAGGGCUUAAGAGACUAACUAACUAAAAAGGUCAUUGGUUAAAUAUCUUUGACAGAAUUUUUAUCAGCAGCCAUUUCUCCUGCCAAAGUGUCCUUUAGCAAGACACAGAACCGACUCAAUUGUUGUGAGGCAACCUGGAUUUAUGACUCUGAGUAAGUUGCCUAAAACAGCCCACUCUUUAUUGCAUGUUCUCCAUAAAGUAUUGCCAUACUGCUGUGCUCCUUCUGUAACAGAGAAAUUGCUUACAUGAAGGUGCAGGGAGGACUGAAUUUUGUCAACAUUAUGGAAUGAUUUGGAUUUCAGUUGUGUUUGCAUUGAUGCAGGUAUAUCUAAAUUAAUAUGAUAUACACUAUGGAGCAAAUCUAGAUGUAGCUGUUUGCAGUCAAAAAGACUGAAGAAAGAUAGUAAAAGGUCCAUCAUAUUUGUGUAUUCAUUCAGGAUCUGGUGGCACUGUCAGAGAGCCUCACAGUGGUCAAGAAAACAGAAUACACAGUGGAGGAAGGUAUCACUAAACUCCCAAAGGAGAGGAGCAGUGAUAUGCUUCUACAUGUUUGUCUAUAGCUCAUCACCAAGACAACCCAGGUUCCACUCAGACAGCUGAGUCCCUAACUCAGUCACAGCACUCAGCCACAGCAACCUAAUUUAACAAGACAUGUCUAUAAUCCCUUGACCCUCGCAGGCUAUCAUGGACUCACACACAGAGGUGCACGGUGACCACGUUCUCUGCUCAUUACAGUUCCCAGAAGUCCUUUUAAUAAGGUAUAGAAGUACACAUGACAUGACACACAAAUGCACAUAUGCACAUUCACAGACAUUUCUUUAUUGCAGUCAGACCCAACAGGCCAGUUUAUAUACCAAGCAGUUUUUAACCGCUUUUAUGAUUUGUGAUUUAAUGUAUGUAUUUUGUUUGUUUUUGUUGAAGACAUGAAUACAUGUACUGCAACCCUUUGAAGACUUAGACACAUACAUUUUUUAUCUUCAUCCAUUUUAAAUAACUGUUUAGUCUUUGACUACAAGCAGCUUGCUCUAAGUGGAAAUUAUUACACUGCACAUGUGCAUCACUAUAUUCAUUAACUGCUUCAUAAGAUAUUGGGGCAAUUUUAUCAUUAAAAUAACAACAUUCUAUCAUCAACCUAAAGGGAAGGUCUAUCUGGAAAGCUGCAACUGUGUUUUAAGCAACACUGUUGAUGAUGUGUUACAUUUUGGGGUGCAUGGUGUUGUUUGAUGAUGCAUUUUCUUAGUUUUGUUUGGAUAACUGGCCAAAUGUAGACAUUAUUACAUGAUUUCAAGAUCAUGCAAAGCCAACAGCUGAAUGCAGUAUUAUCUAUGUUACUGGUCAUGUGACAUGUAGAUUAUAAAUAACUGACAUAGGAUUAGAUGAGGCAGAGUCAGGGGAAGUGGACGCAACAAGAACUCUUUAAAUUAGCUUAUCAUUGCAGAAUGACUCUUGAAUUAGAUAACAUGAAGUGAAAUCAAUAAUGGAUUAUAGCUUUCAUCUGGAUACGCAACAUUUUCAUGGUUUUUCUUAGCAGACGGAGCACCUCUCCCACAUUCCAAUCUCCAACACCUGUUUUGAAUCUGCAGUAAACAGCUAUCUGAAAUGUUCUGAAACAUUGACGUUGGCCUUGCCCCUCAUGGUAGGAAGAAUCUUUAGACCACCAUCCAGAGCGGCUAAGGGGUGGGAGGGACAGAGCUCUGUGACAGAAAGUAAACACAUAGAACUGUUUCACAUCUGGAAUACUGAUUGUCUGCACACAGUGUAGGCGUUAAAACCUUGGUCUUCAUGUACCUGCUAGCAUUGCACUGCAAAUAAGCAAAUAGACUGCUGUGCCUCGCACAUCAGGAAAAAGUCCCCUUUUUUUCCUCACAAUAUGACCUUAUUAAGGCGUGGAGUUGGAGAACCGUUUGAAGCCAGUCUGUAAGACAAAGGUGUGGAUGUGAGGAGACAUUGAUGCACUGAGGGAAUGAUGUAGUCAGACUAGCCACGGGGAAGACAGGUAGACAGACACCCUGUGGUAUUCAUUCUGAUGGGGUACCUGUUUCUUGGGGGACUUGUGGCACGUCGCCCCCUUCCCGUGAUUAGUUGGCCUGAACUUAGUCUGGUCUAUUAUCGCAUAUAAGUGGUUUAGGGGAGGGUUGGGUGGACGCACAGUGUAUCAGCUGAAUCUGUCACUGUCAGUUAGAGAGCUGACACAAUGUCCUGUCUGUUUCAUCUCGGCCAACAUCUUUGUAAAAUCUCCUGUGUUGGACUUUUUUAUCCGAGAAAACUUCCGACGUUUAUGAAAUUAACAAAAGCCAUUAUUGAUUGAUGACCAUGCAGCUUUAAAAUUGUAUCAUGUAAAUGAAAAGGUGUUUCAUAAUAACUUUCUCAACUCACAGAAGACCAUGUAAUCCGAGUAAAGAAAUGAAAAUAUCUGAAAUUGGAGUAACAAGAUUUUGUACCUGACAGCAAUGUUUAUUCUUCAAGGGGAUUUGCUAUUUCCAUCCUCCCAGACUAUUUGCUGCAGUCUCAUGUGUAACGUAAUGUAGUAGAGACAGUGUUUUUUUAGAGGAAUCAGCUGGGAAUUAGAUAAGGAGGCUUUGAAUCGUUAUGUCUUUCGUGAGAAGCGAAUAAAGAAAAACAACUGUGACUCACUCGCUCAUGCGGGGAACUAUUUUCAUGAUGUCUCUCCGUGUCACCCAUCUCAACAUGGGAAGAAAUCAGCUGUAUGGCAGCAAUAGAGGAAAUGGCAAUGAAGGGCAGUUAAAGGAUCACAACAGCUGCCAGCGUUCUGUCCAAACGCUCCAAGCUGUUCAGAAAUCAGCUCAGAGGAAAUACUGGAAAAGCACCUAACAUGUCUGUGUUUUUUUUUUGUUAUCCUGUUAGGCAUUAUUGUUUGAUUUUAAUAUAUUGCAUUGGUGUGAAUAGGUUGCUCUAUUUUAACUGAAUCUAAUCUAGGUCAGGGCUACUUAGUCUUGAGAAUGAGACUGUGUAUUUUGGGGUAAUAAAAAAAUGUAUGUAUAUAUAUAUAUAUAUAUAUAUAUAUAUAUAAAUAAUAAUGUCUGACAGAAGUAAUUCAUCUUUUCUUCUACCUGAGGCCAGACCUGGCUCUGGACCUGCUGCUGGACAUAGUUGGAUGUGUUGUGAAUCAGCCAGCAGGUUUGUAAAUUGCUUCAGUCCCAACAUCGCAGACUUUUGCUGGAGCUCCAUGUGGCACCUGUACCAUUUCCAAAAUCCUGGUUGCUUCUGUAAAGCAGCAUUCUCAGAUUCUGUUUGGUGCACUUCCAAUUUCACUGCCUAAUCUUAGCAUCCCUCUCUCUUUGUGUUGCCCUACUCGCUCAUAAAUAUGGGUUGGUGAAUCAGUGAUGCACGCUAAUAAAAUCAUUUGCUGUGAUUGAGGAUUAUAUGUAGCAGCAGCGGAAUCAAACCUGCAAUUUCUCUGGGGAGAAAAAGGCACGUGUGUUUUUCUGAGGCCCUCGUUAUUCAUUCAUGACCAUAAAUCCCUCCUACCGUGCCACAAACGCUCAAUUUAUUUCGUACACAAGCACCAGAAUCAGGUGUUCCAUAUGACAAUGUACCUCAGAGCGAUUGGAUAUGAUAUGAAGAUUGCUAUAUGUGGCGAAAAGUUGUUUAUUUUAGCAUGACUGACCUCUUUUGCUGCCGCUCCAGUGAGAUGGAAUAACACAACAGUAAUGUUAUUUUGACCACAAAGUGAGCUGUUGGGCAGUGUUACCUGGAUAUGACCCAUAUUAGGAAUAAUAUGCAACAGUGGGAAGCAUAUAAAUUCACACUAAGACUGUAUAACCUAAAGAUCCUUCAGGGUAAUGGCGCUGUACAGCUAACUGGCAGGAGUCUGGCAUGGUUCUGUAAACUAACAAAUAUACAAAUUAGAUGCUUAGAUUUGGUUCUGAAAAUACAUGGUUUUAAUAUGUUUCUCUACUGGUUGCAGCUGAUCAGAAAUCCUGUGUAGAAGCCUUAGGUGAGGCUGCUCUUCACUGGAUUAGUCUGAGGGGGAACAGAAAGGGCACAUUCAUACUACAUUUGGAGAGAUGAGGGUUUACAUAAAAAAGACUGCUUCUCGAAGCUUUCCUUCAUCUGCUAAAGUAUGUACUAUAAUAAAACUUAAUCUGAUGUUGGGAACAUAAUGUCGACAAGGUACUUACUUAUACAGAUUUAUAUAUUUCCAUAGGACCUAUUUAUAUUUAAGUAUUUAUUUGAGACUCUUAAUAAGUGAUGUCAUCACCCUAACAGAUAAUGAUAAGCAAUGUUCACCAAAUUGUGUGUAUGUACAGAGUUCUUAACAUGUCCAUGAUUUUUAAGGAAACAUGUCAUUUGCAUUGUGUAAUCGAUCUACUUUUGGUGUGGCGCAGGAGUGGGGACAUUUUCAUUACAUGAUGCUACAGACCAAGACUUUCUACCUGAAGGCUAAACCUUUUUGUUUUGAGACUGGUUCAACACUUCUUACGAGGACACGCAACCUUUUGGAGAGGACAGUAUUUUGACCGCUUUGCUAUUGAUCAAUGGAUAUCUAUUUUUUGUGCAUUUAACACAGAAACUGUGGGAAAAAAGCAAUAAGGGUAACUGUACAGGUAUGAUGUGACUGGAUGUGUACCUACGGGACAUUGCACUGACCCACACGACAACCACACGCGCAGUAGCCAUGGCUCGUGGUUUGUAUGGCAGUGAAAGGAGUGAGGCAAAAACGGCAUUGUCGAUAAGCACACAUACUAGAUGAAAUAAAACGGUAUAGAAUAAAAUAUAAGGAA